GAGAAAAAUGACUGCACUGCAGAACUUCUGGAAGUGUCCAAUCAAUGCCUUCCGCGGUAGUGGUGGCUUGGUUUUUGUCACAUUGCCAAGGAGACGGUUGCCAAGGAGACGGUCGCUGCUGGGAAAUACUAAAAUACUUUAAUAGACGUGCCUCAUUCCCAACUGGCAGUAAAGACCAGCCACUCGUUAAAUAGCAACGCAGGCUGGGCGCCAGAGGCUCCAGGCCGGAAGUGACUCUGCCCCUAACAAACAUGGCCUCCGAGUGACUUCCGCUCUCCCGUCUGUCACUUGGCUCCGCCGCUCUGGGAAGUUUAUGGAGUCACGACGCGCUUAGCAAACGUUUCACAGGCAUCCUGCUGAAGGGGCGGGGCUACGCUGCACGGUGAUUGGUUGCCGUGCGUUAGGAGCGUGGCCACGGGGAGCGAGACUUUGAUUGGCUAUCGUGAGGCGGGACUAGCGGGGAAAUCCUGAAUGAUGAUUGGGUGGGGGGGUUAGGCGCGCGCCCUCGGGAAAGGAGACGUCCGUGCGGGCUCUCCCUUGGGCUGCCGAGAGGCGGGGUGAACCGGCGGCCCCUGAGGUGACGGGGACGGCGUGGGGAGCCAUGGGUCAGGCAGUGAAGGUUUUACAGCUCUUUAAAACACUGCACAGAACCAGACAGCAAGUUUUUAAAAAUGAUACCAGAGCAUUGGAAGCAGCCAGAAUAAAGAUCAAUGAAGAAUUCAAAAGUAACAAGAGUGAGACUUCUCCUAAGAAAAUAGAAGAGCUGAUAAAAAUAGGUUCUGACGUUGAACUGCUCCUCAGAACAUCUGUCAUACAAGGAAUCCACACAGACCACAACACACUGAAAUUGGUCCCCAGGAAAGAUCUUCUUGUUGAAAAUGUGCCAUAUUGUGAUAAACCAACUCAGAAGCAAUGAAUUUUCUAGAGUAAAACAAGUCUUCACACCAUUACCUCUAAAAUGGAUCAUUCUACCCAAAGUCCUGGAAUUCAGAUACUUCUCUGUAAAUGGACAGAUGGGAAAAUGAGUGAAGGAAAGAAGAACUUCAUAAAUAAAUUCACAUUAAAAUGACAUGGCUUAGAACUGCA